CUCACCUUCUUCUGCUGUCCCUUGACAGACUACUUCAAGUUAAAAUAUUCUGCAGCAAAGGCCAUGGUCUAUUUGAUUUAACGUGUAUUUCUGAACACCUGACACAAAACCCAUAUUGGCUCCACGGCUGUCAUCCUUCUCCCCGCAAUGCGUGCUCCAUCUCCGCUCCUCCUGCGGAGCUUGAGCUUGAGCUCGAAAAAAGCACUGCCAUAUUCUCGACGACUUGUCCCCCAAAGGCAUCUCAGAUCAACUUAUAUCUGCCCGUCAUCGUCAAGAUCAAUUGCUAGCUACACGCACCCUCAUCAUGCUUCGGCAGUCUCCACCCUCCCUACCGCCGUGGACACCUCCUCGCCAGACUUCCAGGAAAAUUCCCAACAAAUGAAGGAGCUGUUGGACCGCAUGUCUACCCUGCAUGGCACCAUCGCCCAGGGGGGUCCACAGAAAGCCAGGGAUAAGCACGUAGCCAGAGGAAAAAUGCUGCCACGAGAUCGGGUUACAGCUUUGAUCGACCCUGGCACAUCAUUUCUGGAACUCUCUCCCCUGGCGGGCCACGAGGUGUAUUCAGACGAUGUGCCCGCGGGAGGUAUCAUCACAGGGAUCGGGACCGUCGAAGGGGUUACGUGCAUGAUUGUUGCUAAUGAUAGCACGGUCAAAGGUGGCACGUACUAUCCUAUCACCGUGAAAAAGCAUCUACGCGCGCAGGCUGUUGCACAAGAAAACAAGCUUCCGUGUCUGUACCUCGUGGAUUCGGGUGGUGCAAACCUGCCGCAUCAAGCGGAUGUCUUCCCUGACAAGGAGCAUUUUGGACGAAUCUUCUUCAAUCAGGCUAGAAUGAGCUCGCUUGGAAUUCCCCAAAUCUCCGUGGUCAUGGGACCAUGCACAGCCGGAGGGGCGUAUGUUCCCGCAAUGAGCGAUGAGACUAUCAUCGUCGAAAACCAGGGAACUAUCUUCCUUGCAGGACCUCCUCUGGUCAAGGCUGCAACUGGUGAAGAAGUAUCUGCGGAGGAUCUGGGCGGAGGUCAGCUUCACAGCUCGAUUUCAGGCGUGACAGAUUACUUGGCCGUUGAUGAUGCACACGCACUUGUCCUGGCACGCAGAUCUAUUGCCAACCUAAACUACCCAAAGACAAGUGUACCUUCACAGGUAUCUGAGGUCAUCAAAGAGCCCCUGUACGAUCCUAAUGAACUAAAUGGUAUCGUCGGAACCAACCUUCGCCGCCAAAUACCAGUCCACGAGGUCAUUGCUCGCAUCGUAGACGGAAGUGAAUUCGCCGAGUUCAAACGCGACUACGGUAGCACGCUUGUCACUGGGUUCGCCCGUAUCUACGGUCAUCAAGUGGGCAUAGUCGCCAACAAUGGCAUUCUCUUUUCGGAGUCAUCGUUGAAGGGAGCUCACUUCAUUGAACUCUGCGCGCAACGCAAGAUCCCCUUGCUCUUCCUCCAAAAUAUCUCUGGCUUCAUGGUUGGUGCCGAUGCUGAAAAGGGCGGCAUCGCAAAGAAUGGUGCAAAGCUCGUUACUGCAGUUGCCUGUGCAGAUGUCCCCAAAUUCACAGUCGUGUUUGGGUCCAGCGCCGGUGCAGGAAACUAUGGAAUGUGUGGCCGCGCAUACUCCCCUCGCCUACUAUUCAUGUGGCCCAACGCCAAAAUCGGCGUGAUGGGCUCCGAGCAACUCUCCGCAGUGAUGGAGGCAGUCGGCCGCACCGCAGACCCCGAACUGAAAGCCCGAAUCGACCGCGAAUCCGAAGCGAUCUUUUCGUCGGCUCGUCUUUGGGACGACGGCGUCAUCCCACCCGCACAGACGAGACGCGUACUAGGCCUCAGUCUUGCGGCCGCCUUGGGCGGAAGAGACGAUAAGGACGUGCAGACCCGGUUCGGUGUGUUCCGGAUGUAAUGGAAAAUAAAUAUAGGAUAUCCAAACACCUAAUGAACCUUAAACCGCUUAUCCUCACUAAAAGAUAGUCAAAAAGCAAAAAAAGCCAUGUUAUAUAGGAACAAUCACGACAGUCAUGGAUUCAUAAGCAUUUCUUCUAUGUCACAGAGAUUGUCACAUUGACAUUCACAAAAAAGUAAACGGCCGUAUCACUGGGGAGGUGUGUCGCGAGACAUGCGUUCUUGCUUCUUAAUCAGUCAAAAACGGCAGAUAAACAAAACAGAAUAAAUAUAAAGGGGAGAGUACCCUGCCGUUGACUACCACCGUCGGACAAGCAAGACUUAACUAAGUCAAGUCUUAUGCGGGGGACAGUCGACGACAGAGAGAAGGUGAAAUAAAUAUAAAAACUUUUGUUCAGUUUUGAAGACAAGGGGCAGAAAGAAGAUAGGCGG